AUGAAGCGCUGCGCGAUGAGGGGAUGGAUCGACGGAUUGGGAAUCGAGGUGGGGAACGAAGGACAGACAGGAAGCAAGGAUGCAGGCGGUGUCGAUCAGCAAGAGAAGGGUGCAAUCGAGAGCGAGGCGGAACAGGACGCAGAGGCAAGAAUGCAGCCGCUGGUGGAGCAGCAGAUCAUCCGGAUCAGGACGACAGCGAGGGCGCCCACGCUCGAAGAAGUGCUACAGCAGCAGCAGCAACGACGGCGAUGA